AAAUUGAUUUCAUAAAAAUUUUCUAUUGCUGAUAUUGUUUUAACCUGAUUUAUUGUAAUAGAAAAAACAUUGAUAAAUUAAUCGCAAUUCCAGAUAAUAAGUUGAUGUUGCAGGCAAUCAUGAGAGAUUCAAAGGAAGCGUAACAUUUAAUGAAAACAAACGAUUAAUAUAAGUAAUAAUCAAAUCAGAUCUAAAGGCAAAUCCAUAAAGGGUUGGCUUAUUAAAAUAUUGGAAAAUCAAUUCUGGGCAAUUUUCAAAGCAUAGCCAAUUUGAAAGAUAAAAUGUGAA